AUGUGGAAAUCUAAAAAUGACCCGAACAUUGGACCAGCAUUCGGACAACCGGAACAAAUUCGUCUUGCCUAUGGAGGUGACCAAUCCACGUAUUCUGUGACGUGGCAAACCUAUGAUGACACAUUGAAAUCAAUUGUGGAGUACGGAAAAGACAUUUCUGAUUUGAAGAACUCGGUGGAAGGAAGAUGUGCUGUAUUUUUGGAUGGACAGAAGCAUAGCGUAUGGAGAUAUAUUCAUAGAGUCAAUCUGACUGGAUUGGAGCCUGGGACAAGAUACUGCGGAGGGUUCAUUUAUGCAGUCUAUGGAGACUUGGGUGUGGAAAAUGGGCGUUCUCUGGGAACAAUUCAGAAAAUGGCACAAAAGGGAGAACUGGAUAUGGUAUUGCAUGUUGGAGACUUUGCCUAUAAUAUGGACGAAUCGAAUGGCGAGACUGGGGAUGAGUUCUUCCGGCAAAUCGAGCCAAUAGCUGGAUAUAUUCCAUACAUGGCGGCAGUUGGAAAUCACGAAUACUACAAUAACUUCACUCAUUAUGUCAAUCGGUUCACCAUGCCGAACUCGGAGCAUAAUUUGUUUUAUAGUUACGAUCUUGGUCCCGUUCAUUUUAUUGUCUUCUCAACCGAAUUCUACUUCAAUCUUCACUUGGGAUACCAUCAGAUGGAGAAUCAAUUCAAUUGGUUGACGAAUGAUUUGAAGAAAGCCAACGCGAAUCGAAAGGAAGUGCCCUGGAUUAUCACUCAAGGACAUCGACCGAUGUAUUGUUCUGAUUUCGAUGGAGACGAUUGUACCAAGUAUGAAUCCAUUAUCCGUACUGGACUUCCAUUGACUCAUGGAUACGCUUUGGAGAAACUCUUCUAUGAGUAUGGUGUUGAUGUUGAACUAUGGGCCCAUGAACAUAGUUAUGAGAGACUGUGGCCAGUGUAUAACCGGACAGUAUUCAAUGGAACACAACAACCAUACGUGGAUCCACCGGCUCCUGUUCAUAUUAUCACGGGAUCAGCGGGAUGCCGAGAAAACACAGAUGUCUUCAUUGAGCAUCCACCGCCAUGGAGUGCUAUCAGAUCGACGGAUUACGGUUUCGGAGUCAUGAGAGGUGGAACGGAAGACGAUGAUUUCUGGGUGAUCAAAUCGUCUCCAAAACAUCAUCGACCAUUCAAACACCGAGAUUUGAAAAGGCUUCGGACUUAUGGAACACACGUACCGAAACAUCACUGUCAUCAUAAAUCACAUUGUGAUGAGACAAGAAAGAAAAGAACACGAAGACACCAGAAAAGAGAUGAAUGA